CCUCUCUCUCUCUCUCUUUCUCUCCCUGUCUCUCUGUGGGUGGCUUACCUUUGUGGUCAUGUGACGCCUCGGUGAGCUCCAACGGGGUAAAGGUGGACUGCUUUGUGCCGCACUGACUGUAAUUUGACUGCCGGCCACAAAGUCACUCGACUCUGUUCUGUCUGUGAGCAGUGCUCCUGGAAACUUUUAUAUUUUUACGUGCAAUAUGUCCAUCAGUCGGAAGAACUGGUCGGCUUUGUCCAGCCUCGCGCGCCAGUGGACAAUGGAGGAUGAGGAGGAGGUGGAAAGAGAGAAGAGGAGGAGGGUGAAGAGCUCCGGCAGCACCGCUGAACCCACUGCUGACUGCAGCCAAACGACCGGAGACACGCCAACCAGCGACAGCCCCUUUGGGACAGACUCCACCAGUGGGAUGUCCCAGAGCCCCAGCAGUGUGGAGCAGAUACAGCUGGACUUUGUGGAGAUACUGCGUGUCCGAGAUGAAAAGCGCAGGACGAGGCACGUGGAGAUGCUGAGACGACAGAAGGAAGAAGAGGAGGAUGAAGAGGAGGCCUGCACAGAAGGAGCCAGGGUCGAGAUACCGGCGGACAUGGAUGAGGGCAGUGUGUUGCCCUCUGUGAAAGCCACAGCCAGACCACAGCCACCCCUCAGAACAGCCUCCGGCAGCCCCACCAACAGCAGCGGCAGCAACACCAGCAUCUACAUCACAAGCAGACCAGUAAGACUGGAGUCACGCGUCGCCUUUCACCAGAGUGAACACGAAAAUGGAGAGUCGACGAGCAAAGAGCCGGAUCCCAAGCCAUCGUCCAACCCAGCUCGCAAGUUUGUCAGUUCUGUCUCCAUCUCAUUCGACAAAAGCCCCUCCGCCAGCGGCUGUACGAGUCCCACGAGUCCUCGCUCCCUCACGACCACCUCCUCACCUCGGGACCACUGGGCGUCGCCUUGCCAGGCCCCCUCUCCCCGUGGGCCUCAUGGACCCAACCAGGAGACCAGGAUGAAUGGCUCUUCCUCCAACGGCAACUUUGAACAGACGACCAAACCGGCGUUUGUCAGACAGAGCUCCAGGACUAUAUCUUUCAGGAUGAUGAGGAAGAAAGAAGAGGAGAGUGAGCCACUGCAGAGGAGUGCAAGUGUGAGGAUGGCCUCCAAGAAGUUUGAAUCUAACACCGACCAAGAUGAAGACAACGCAUCAUCUUUCCAGAGAAACUCUAGGCAGAGGAUUUCAUCAAGGUCCAUCCAGGAGAAGAUGGAGAGACUGGCUCAGGCUGCACAGAAGUCAGAAAUAAUGCGAUCUCCAGACGUGACCCAAAGGACUCUGUUCCUGCUGGACGAGGUGUCUAGGAAGAGAGGACUCUUUGAGAAGGAGCAGCAGGCAGCGAGCUCCACCAGCCCGGGAGUUUCCAGAAAGGAAUUUAGGAGCUUCACAUCAGGAAUGUCAGACCGGAUCAACCGCUGGAUCAACAAGUCCAACCACACCGGGUCUGCACACAACCCAACUGACUUGAGACAUGUGGACAUCACCGGUACGAGGAGCCUGUUUGAGAGCCCGGAGGAGGGCAGUGCGCCAAACAACAGCCCUGGAAAAAUCUACAAGUGAAAGAUGUCCAUUUAUAGUUCUCAACAGUUGACGGUGAGAGGACACGAAGAGAACUCGAAGAUUAAUGAAGGCCAUGACUGACUGAUUCUUUUUUCAUACUUUUUUUUCAUCCUUCACCUCCAAAGCACACUGGAGCACACAGAUAUACACACACACAGAUAUAUGCACACACAGAUAUACGCCAAAUAGAGAAAACACUUGGGUUUUAGUUUAAAGGACUGAAAUGGAGAUUUCUGAUUUUAAAGUUAGGAUGCUUCAAUCAUACACGACUGCAUUGCUUCUUAAAUUACAAAUAUGUCUUAUUUAAAACAUCAAAACGAUUUAAUGUGUGAGGAAGAGUAAAAAAGAAAAGUAGACGUUGAUAUAUUUGUUUUAAAGCUUUUUUUCUAUUUGCCUUAAUGUUGUGUAAUGUGCAAGCACUUUAAGCAGGUGAAGGUCUUGAGGCUAUUUUAAGUUGGAAGAAUUCUGGAGUUGUCGUGUUAUGUUUUUGUUUAAUCUGACAAAAUAUUGUUUGUGUUCUGCAUGUCUAAGAAAUAAAAGGUUUUAUUACCACAAA